AUGGGUCCCGAAUCUAUCGUCCUUGCAUUGGCACACUUGCUUCUGGCAAGUACACUGCUCUAUCUCUAUUCCCGCCUCCGCCUCCAUCUGACCCGGUCAAAGACCAAGAAAGCACACGGAUGCCUCCCACCAGCUCAAUAUAAGCAGUGGGAAAAUGUGAUCGGCAUCCAAUACUUCCUCAAGCGUAUUCAAGUUGCCAAAAGCGAUCGCCUUCUACAGGAUGGAUUGAACCGGUACAAGCAAUAUGGCAAUACGUAUUCGGUCUCGACGAUGGGGUCAACAAUCUACCUCACUAUUGAGCCCGAGAAUGUGAAGGCUGUUCUGUCGACUCAUUUUGAAGACUAUAUUCUGGGAUCGCGACUGAAAGCUUUUGGGCCAUUGCUAGGGAGUGGCAUUUUCACUACAGACGGGAGUCAGUGGCAGGUGAGGAAGUACAUACGUCCAGUUCAUGUCACAACCCUAGCUAAUAUCCCCAAGCAUUCCCGGGCGAUGAUCCGACCCACCUUCAAGAAAGCCCAGUUGCUUGACCUCAGCCUCAUUGAGACGCAUGUGCAACAUCUGAUUUCCCACAUCCCGCGAAAGACCACUGUCGACUUACAGCCUCUUUUCUUCCAGCUAACCAUCGACUCGGUGACUGAAUUCCUCCUAGGCGAAUCCGUGAACAGCCUCGGCACGGACGUUCAAACCAAGUCGGAUGACUUUGGGACUCAGUUCGAUUUGGCGCAAGAUGGACUGACCACGCGCUUCCGGUUAGGCCCAUUGCGAGGGCUCUACCGAAACAAGCUAUUCUCACAGGCUUGUCGUUUCUGUCAUAGCUACGUGGAUCAAUAUGUGAAACGGGCGCUGGACCGACGCCAAAGGGGCACACUUGAUGCGGAGAAAGAGAAUAACGUUUCCUACGUGUUUUUAGAUGAGCUGGCCAAAGAGACCGACGAUCCUUUGGUCCUCCGUAACGAACUGAUGAAUAUUUUGCUAGCAGGCAGAGACACGACUGCCAGUCUACUGAGCAACCUGUUCGUGAUACUGUCUAAGCGGCCCGACCUGUGGAAAAGGCUCCAGGAGGAGGUGCAAGGUCUCCAGGGAAAACGCCCAACAUACGAUACGCUCAGAGGGCUUAGCUUCCUUCGUCAUUUACUCAACGAAUUUAAUGAGGCUCAUGAAGCACUUCGCCUUCACCCUGUCAUUCCCGGUAAUGGUCGAGAAUCUCUCAGAGAUACCAUCCUCCCUGUUGGCGGCGGGCCAGACGGGAAAAGCCCAAUAUUCAUUCCACGGGGUGCGCGUGUUGCCUACACUGUAUACGCCAUGCACCGCCGCGAAGAUAUUUUCGGGCCUGACGCUGAGGAGUUUAACCCCGACCGCUGGCACACGAUCCGGCCCGGAUGGGGCUAUUUACCCUUUAAUGGCGGGCCGCGGAUCUGUGCUGGACAACAAUAUGCCUUAACCGUGGCAGAAUAUACAAUUGUCCGGCUUGUGCAAACGUUUACAGAGAUUGAGGAUUGUGGGGGCCAGGAGUGGAAUGGAAAGAUAAGGUUGACAAUGUGUAGCCUAGAUGGAACUAAGGUGCGAUUGUCAUGA